AUGGCGGCGGGUUUGUUUUCGUUGUCGCGAGCGCAAGAUGGGCCCAGCUCUGGACGCCAGCGGGCGCGGAAGCCCGUCGUUGCAGACCACACCGAGUUUUACGGGUCUCAGGUCGGAGGCCAGUCCGUGAUCAACUACGGAUAUACGGACAUGCCGUUGAAGCUACUAAUAUGGGAUAUCCGGACAUUCUUCACUUUUGCGUGGGCAUUGCCGUGGGUCGUGUGGCCCAUCAGACCGAUUGAUGGAGGCGAGUUCGACGAACUCUCAUUCACUCCAUCCAACCUCUACUGCCUCUUCAUACACGGCGUUCUGAUCGCCCUACAACUUGGUUUCAUCCUGCUUUUGCCUCUUGCCAUCUUAUUGCCAGGUGAAAUGUGGAUGAAGAGGAAUAUCGACCGUUUGGCCCUGACCUUCAAGCGGCCGGUUGAGGGCAUCCACAACAAGACCACCGGAAUUAUAUUUGAUGUCGUUGAGUGUCUGAUCCAGCGUAACUUCGGGUAUGCAACCUCAGAUGUGCGGAUAGCGUACAAGACCGUCAAAGAGCACUUGUACAACCCAAGCUUAUCCAAAGUCGUUUUCAUUCUUCAUUCCCAAGGUGGAAUCGAGGGCGGCCUGGUUUUAGACUGGCUUCUUCAGGAACUCCCUCAAGAUUUGCUUGCCAAGCUUGAGGUGUAUACAUUUGGAUGCGCAGCUAAUCACUUUAAUAAUCCCCAUCGACAUGUAGGGUCACAGGCGGCACAAAGUCAACCACCAGGCACCAUUAGUACAACUACCACCCAUGUAGUGCAGACUGUAAUUACGGAUUCUCCAGUCGAUAUGAGAAUACCAUCCUUGAGUCAAAGCCCCACAGGUGAUGCCAGGCAAUCUUCACAAUCUGCCGAUGACCCUCCAACGCCAACAUCUCUUCCGGGACAGGGCCAAGCACCCAGACCGAUCACUACGGUACCGGCGGCCGAUCGUGCGAUCGGUCAUAUUGAGCACUAUGCACAUACAACUGACUUCGUCGCCCUGUGGGGCGUCCUGCACUUCGUUACGAACGAAAUGGCUUCCCCAAUGUUACCGCGCUUCAUAGGCCGCGUCUUCUCACGAACGUCUUCCCGUGGGGGUCACCAAUUCUGCCAGCACUAUCUCGACGGCAUGUUCCCGUUAGAAAAGAAUUCUGCCGGUGAAUUCAUCGGUUGCAAGGACAAUAACGACUUCAUGGACAGCAUUGCUGAGAAGGCGAAGAGAGGAACCGAGCAAGAGGACCUGCGAGAGGGGAUUGAGAAUAGUUGGGACAUGAUUGAGCUGGCUGGCCGUGAAGGGUCAGAGUUGGAUUCCGACGUUGCCGUCCAUGGGAGUUUUCAUGAAGGAAGGUUGCUGAAUAGGGAAGUGAGAGUGAAGGAUCUAAGUAGGCUCUGGCUCUAUAGAAAUGGGAAGAGUCCCCCCGAACUCCCUAGCGCUAUAAAGCCAGAUGUGGGUGGCGUGGUCAGGGCUGAGACGUUGUAG